AUGCGUCAGACCCCCCCCCCCCCGACCACAGAACCCCCCCCCCCCCCGACCACAGAACCCCCCACCCCCCCGACCACAGAACCCCCCCCGACCACAGAACCCCCCCCCCCCCCGACCACAGAACCCCUUCCCCCCCCGACCACAGAACCCCUUCCCCCCCCGACCACAGAACCCCUU